GAAUGAAUGGAAGGCAUAAUGCACCUAUUAUUCAUCAUAUUGAGAAUGACUUUUUGGAUUGAUGGAGUGUUGUUCCCAGAAUUCGAUCUAUCUAAUCCGACAUUCUCAGACUGCAAGACACGUAUACAGAGAAUAGAUUGAGCCAUAGAUUUGACUAUUUACAAAUAAGGAAGGUUGACGCUAUGAAGUACCCCGGAUCUAACUGUUUUGGUAAGCCGAAACUACCCCUCUCUCAUAACCUAGCUUCCCGAGCUUCUCUAGCUUUAUUACCAUACAUCCCGCAUAUCUGUUUGUACUUCCAUACUUUUCAAGAAAACAAACACACAACACCCUUUUUUCAGAUCUGACAACACCAAGAAUUCAAGAUAUUAAACAUGGUUACUGCUUCGUACGCCUUCUUUGAGGCUCUUGUUGAGGCGGGAGUAACUCAUUGCUUCGUUAACUUAGGAUCGGAUCAUCCUUCUAUUUUAGAAGCUUUAAUUACGCUUAAGCGGGAGAAUAAGGGUCCAGAAGUUAUAACAUGUCCAAACGAAAUGGUAGCCCUCUCCAUGGCAGAUGGGUAUGCCCGUCUAACUGGCAAACCUCAAUGCGUAAUUGUACACGUCGACGUAGGAACCCAAGGAUUAGGAGCAGCGGUUCACAAUGCCUCGUGCGGACGAGCACCUGUUCUUAUAUUUGCCGGUCUAUCCCCCUAUACAAUUGAAGGAGAAAUGCGCGGAUCACGAACGGAAUAUAUUCAUUGGAUACAAGAUGUACCCAACCAAGCUGAGAUUGUCAGACAAUAUUGUCGAUAUUCAAUGGAGAUUAAGACGGGAAGGAAUAUCAAACAAAUGGUUAAUAGGGCUCUUCAAUGGGCUACCAGUGCUCCUGCUGGACCAGUUUAUUUGUAUUCAGCGAGAGAGGUUAUGGAAGAGGAAAUUGAUGACUAUGAUUUGGUUCAGGAACAUUGGAAUGCAGUGGAGCCAGCUGCACUUUCUGAGAGUUCAGUUGCUACGAUUUCUGAAGCCUUGGUCAAUGCAAAAGAGCCAUUGAUUAUUACUGGCUAUAGUGGUCGGAAUCAUAAGUCAGUAGGAGCUCUAGUUGAGUUGGCGGAUACCGUUAAAGGUCUUCGUGUUUUAGAUACUGGUGGGAGUGAUAUGUGCUUUCCAGCUGAUCAUCGUGCUUGGUUGGGAUUGAGAUAUGGCAGUGAUAAGGCUAUUGAAACUGCCGACGUCAUUAUUGUCAUUGAUUGCGAUGUACCCUGGGUCAACACUUUGUGUCAUCCGUCAAAAUCGGCCAAGAUAUUCCAUAUUGAUGUUGAUCCACUCAAACAACAAAUGCCAGUAUUCUAUCUAGCCGCACUUUCUCGUUACAGAGCAGAUAGUUACACAUCCAUCAGUCAACUUACGAAAUACAUAAAAAAUGCUAGUGACUUCGCUAGUACCCUCUCAUCCUCACCAUACACCGAGCGCUGGGAAGCUCUUGCUACAGAUCACACCAAACGCCUUGAAUCUAUUAACGCCGCUUCAUCAAAGGUCUUUGAAGAUGAUUCUUUCGGCACCGGUUACCUCUGUCAACAACUACGUAAGAUCGUACCUGCUGACACAAUCUUCGCCAUCGAAGCCGUCACAAAUACCGUAUUCGUAGCAGACAAUAUCCAACCUACUCUUCCCGGUUCUUGGAUCAAUUGUGGAGGUGGAGGACUAGGAUGGUCUGGUGGCGGAGCCUUAGGUAUUAAAUUAGCUUCUGAGAUUGAAAAUGGGAAAGGAAAGGGAAAAUUCGUCGUGCAAAUUGUUGGAGAUGGAACAUUUUUAUUCUCAGUUCCAGGAAGUGUUUAUUGGAUUUGUCAAAGAUAUGGUAUUCCGGUUCUAACUAUUGUUUUGAACAACAAGGGUUGGCACGCACCAAAACGAUCUCUCAUGCUAGUUCAUCCAGAUGGUAUCGGAUCCAAAGCCACAAACGAAGAAUUGAACAUUUCUUUCGCACCACAAGUCCCAGAUUACGCGGGAAUAGCUAGGGCCGCAUCUGGAAACAGCGUGAUGGCGGAAAAGAUUUCGAAAGCUAGUGAGAUUGAGAAGGUUUUGCUAAAGGCGGUGGAAUGUGUCAAAGGGGGUACGACAGCGGUUAUCGAUGCGGUUGUUGUGCCUGGUUGUUAGAAGAGUGCGUAGCUGGUGAUUGAAUAUGGAUAUGGCGACUGGGAGGAGGGAUUUUUGAUGGGUUACAGGCUUACAUGGGAUUCGGAGGUAGUAGAUUAGAUUUGCGUGCAUGAUAGUAAGGUGGUUUAUUGAUGAAAUUAUGAUAUUUUAUGAAGUAUUGAAGAGAUGUUGUGUUGUAGUGAAUAUGCUUUCUUCAAGAAACGAGAUUAGGCGAAAUCAGGUGAAUUAGUGAAUGAAUGAAUGUAUUUCA